ACUUUUCAGUCCCUAUUUGGAACUGCUCUCGCGGCAGUUCAGACCUCGUGCUCGUCCCCUUCGCUUGUCUGUGUGUGGUAUCCGCAGGUCCGAGGCACUUUUUUGGAGGUGUGUGUGCGUAUGUUUGUGUGUGUUUGUUGGGUGUGUGUGUUUGAGGGGUUUGUCGGGGCGCGGAGAGGGGAGCCGAGCCGAGAGGAAGGAAGGAAGCCGCAGAGCUCCCUGAUCUUGGGCUGCUUCUCCCCUCCGGCGUUUUCCUGCCUGUGCGCUCCAAGGCGGCGGUGGCGGCGGCGCCGAGCGCUCCUCGCUGGGGACGCGGCACUCGAGCUGGGAGCAGCGGCGGACCCCUCUGCGGAGGCUUCCUGUGCCCACUGGAGUUAGGAUGCCAGGGCGGUUGAUUUGCACCUACUGAGCCCGGAGUUUCCUCCUCGGCCCUGGGAAGGGCUUGCAGCGGCGGCGGUGGCAGUAGCGGACGGAACAGCAGGCUCUCCUCUCCGUGGGGGGGGCGUCGAAGCGCCCGCGCCGGGCUCCCGCCCUCACCCUCCGGCGCUCCUGCGGCCCCUAGCCGCCACUUCGGUGCUUGCCUCCUUCCUCUUCUCGCCGAGAGCCGCCCCUGGGAUCAGACCCGCGCGCCGCGGAUGCUGGGGCAGUCCUGGAACGCCCCACUCCCGGCGCAACGCAGUGAGUGAUCCGGAGGGGGCCCGCGCUCGCCCGCGGAGGGGCCCCCGGCCCCAGGACCCCGCGCCGGACCCGCCCUGGAGACGACGAUGUCCGCGCGGCCCCAGGCCCUGACGCGCUCCACGCAGCCGGGGGAAGGCGGCCGGCCGCAGCCCGCCGAACCCUAGGCGCACAAAGCCCGCGCCCGCCGCCCGGCCUCGGCGCCCGCCGACGACUUUGCCGCCUGCUCCACGGCUCUUUGUCUCCACUUGGGGCGGGCGCCCGACUCUGGGAUUUCGCUGCGAGAGCGGGCUGGGGGGGCCGGGGGCGAACUCUCGAUUUCCCGGCCGCCCCCUGCUUGGGCUCGGCUCCCCCCUCCCCCGCACCUCCCCGGCCCGGGAUCUCGGCGCUUCCAAGCUCUCGGAAUCACGACCUCUCCCUGCCAUGUAUCCGCAAGGCAGACAUCCGGCUCCCCAUCAACCCGGGCAGCCGGGAUUUAAAUUCACGGUGGCUGAGUCUUGUGACAGGAUCAAAGACGAAUUCCAGUUCUUGCAAGCUCAAUAUCACAGCCUCAAAGUGGAGUACGACAAGCUGGCGAACGAGAAGACGGAGAUGCAGCGCCAUUACGUGAUGUACUAUGAGAUGUCCUAUGGCUUGAACAUUGAAAUGCACAAGCAGACAGAGAUUGCGAAGAGACUGAACACGAUCUUAGCGCAGAUCAUGCCUUUCCUGUCACAGGAGCACCAGCAGCAGGUGGCGCAGGCCGUGGAACGUGCCAAGCAGGUCACCAUGACGGAGCUAAACGCCAUCAUCGGGGUACGUGGACUCCCCAAUCUGCCUCUCACCCAGCAGCAGCUGCAGGCGCAGCACCUGUCGCACGCCGCGCACGGCCCCCCCGUGCAGCUGCCGCCCCACCCGUCGGGCCUGCAGCCUCCGGGCGUCCCCCCCGUGACCGGGAGCAGCUCAGGGCUGCUGGCGCUGGGCGCACUGGGCGGCCAGGCCCACCUGGCGGUGAAGGAUGAGAAGAACCACCACGAGCUGGACCACAGAGAGAGAGACUCCAAUGCGAAUAACUCCGUGUCACCCUCGGAAAGCCUCCGGGCCAGUGAGAAGCACCGGGGCUCUGCAGAAUACAGCAUGGAAGCCAAGAAACGGAAAGCAGAGGAAAAAGACAGUCUGAGCCGAUACGACAGUGACGGAGACAAGAGCGAUGAUCUGGUGGUGGAUGUUUCCAAUGAGGACCCAGCAACACCUCGGGUCAGCCCAGCACACUCGCCUCCUGAGAAUGGGCUGGACAAGGCCCGUGGCCUGAAAAAGGAUGCCCCGACCAGCCCCGCCUCAGUGGCUUCCUCCAGCAGCACACCUUCCUCCAAGACCAAAGACCUUGGUCAUAAUGACAAAUCCUCCACCCCUGGGCUCAAGUCCAACACACCAACUCCAAGGAACGAUGCUCCAACUCCAGGCACCAGCACGACCCCAGGGCUCCGGUCAAUGCCGGGCAAACCUCCAGGCGUGGACCCGAUAGGUAUAAUGGCCUCAGCCCUGCGCACGCCCAUCUCCAUCACCAGCUCCUACGCAGCACCCUUUGCCAUGAUGGGCCACCAUGAGAUGAACGGCUCGCUCACCAGCCCCAGCGCUUACGCCGGCCUCCACAACCUCCCGCCCCAGAUGAGUGCGGCCGCCGCCGCCGCCGCCGCCGCCUAUGGCCGAUCGCCAAUGGUGAGCUUUGGAGCUGUUGGUUUUGACCCUCAUCCACCCAUGAGGGCCACAGGUCUGCCCUCCAGCCUUGCUUCCAUUCCUGGCGGAAAACCAGCGUACUCUUUCCAUGUGAGUGCCGAUGGGCAGAUGCAGCCUGUGCCCUUCCCCCACGACGCCCUGGCAGGCCCCGGCAUUCCAAGGCACGCCCGGCAGAUCAACACGCUCAGCCACGGGGAGGUGGUGUGUGCUGUGACCAUCAGCAACCCCACGCGGCACGUCUACACAGGCGGCAAGGGCUGCGUGAAGAUCUGGGACAUCAGCCAGCCAGGCAGCAAAAGCCCCAUAUCCCAGCUGGACUGCCUGGUGAGGAUCCCAGGGCUGUGGGCAUCUCCUGUAGCUGGCACAGGAAAGCAGGCAGCCUGGGCCAGGGGGAGCUGCCCAUCCACCUGGCCUGGCUCAACCCUGCACUGGUGGAACAGGGACAACUACAUCCGCUCAUGCAAGCUGCUCCCUGACGGGCGCACGCUCAUCGUGGGUGGUGAGGCCAGCACGCUCACCAUCUGGGACCUGGCCUCGCCCACGCCCCGCAUCAAGGCCGAGCUGACGUCCUCGGCUCCUGCCUGCUAUGCCCUGGCCAUCAGCCCUGACGCCAAAGUCUGCUUCUCCUGCUGCAGCGAUGGGAACAUUGCCGUGUGGGACCUGCACAACCAGACCCUGGUCAGGCAGUUCCAGGGCCACACGGAUGGGGCCAGCUGCAUAGACAUCUCCCACGAUGGCACCAAGCUGUGGACCGGUGGCUUAGACAACACUGUGCGCUCCUGGGACCUGCGGGAGGGCCGACAGCUACAGCAGCACGACUUUACCUCGCAGAUCUUCUCGCUGGGCUACUGCCCCACGGGUGAAUGGCUGGCCGUGGGCAUGGAGAGUAGCAACGUGGAGGUGCUGCAUCACACCAAGCCUGACAAAUACCAGCUGCACCUGCACGAGAGCUGCGUGCUGUCCCUCAAGUUCGCCUACUGUGGCAAGUGGUUUGUGAGCACUGGGAAAGAUAACCUUCUCAAUGCCUGGAGGACACCAUAUGGAGCCAGCAUAUUCCAGUCCAAGGAAUCCUCGUCCGUCUUGAGUUGUGACAUUUCAGCGGAUGACAAAUAUAUUGUAACAGGCUCUGGUGACAAGAAGGCCACGGUUUAUGAGGUCAUCUACUAAACCAGGACUCUAACAGGGCCGUCAGACUCUGGGGGAAACAGACUCGGCCGUGACAGGGAGACCCCGCAAGGGGCCCCGCGGAUGGCGGAGGUCGGACGGUGGGCGGCCGCAGGUGCCAGGGCUGAGCGCACCCGCCCCGUCGGGUCGGAUUCCUGGGCGUGGAUCGCUGUGUCUCACAGACUCGGAUGGAUCUCUCUCCCCCUCCUUCCCCCUAAACCAUCCUGGCAGAUGCUACGAAUAGAUCGGAAGGCUGGUUGCUCCAGCCCCCUGCAGACACCCUCAUGAAUCCCUUUCCUCCCCGUUUCUUUCGAUCUGUCCCCUGCCCUGGGUCAGAGACACUGGAGUGGACCCCGUGUCUGUGCUGGGGGAGGGGGGUUUCAUUCUCCCACUUGUGCAGCGCACAAAAUUUGUGAAAAAUGUAAAUAAUAGACUCCUAUCUCGGACUGGUCAGUGGGGGAGGAGGCCCCGUCCCCCCGGCAACGCUAGCCGUGUGUUUCGCCUGCUGUAUUUGUAAUCCACUCAUGGUGGUGGCUUUUUUUUUUUUAAAACAGAAGUUCCCAUCUGGGAAGGGGAGGCGGGGAGGGGGAGGGGAAGGGAGCUGCAGCUGGUAACCGGACCGACUGUAAGGGGCCGCCGGAGGAGUGUGCCUCCACGUGGACUUGGAAUUGGCCGAGGUAUGUCAGGAUUUUGCGCCUGAUGAACUGACGGAUGGACAGAGCCUGCGAUGGUGCCAGCCUGACAUGAACAGAAGGUCGCCUUUCUCUGUGGCCACCACGCUCUGCCUGCCCCUGGCCCACUCUCGCCUCCCUCCCUCCCUCUCUCAGGGGUCCGACCCUUGCUCUCUCUGUCUCUCUGUCUGUCUCUCUCUCUCUCUCACGUUCUCCUCCUCAGCCUCAGUCUCUCUUUGGUGCACACUUAGUUACCGCGACGACAGAUGGAAGUUCACAGGAGCUCCAUCUCCGGCCCUUCUUAAUCUUUGGACACAACCUAAAAAGGACAGAAAGUUAGGAGAAAGCAUAGCGACUCAGCUCAGGGAGCUACCAGAGAAAAACAGCAACUGAUGUGGGUGCUUUUUUUUUUGAAUAAAAAGAAUUAGAAGUGAUGUCCUUUUACAAAAUGCCUUCUCCCCCUUUCCUGCCUACGACUCCUCCCUCUCUCCCUAGAUGGGAAAAGAUGUGUUUAACCAGCAGGGUUGUGAGUCUGAGGGAUUCUCUCCCCUGCGGGAGCCUGGGCAGGACCUCGGGGUGGCAGGGACUAGGACCCGGGGACGGGGGCUCUGGUCCUGGCACACUCGGUGACUCCUUGCAGCUCUCAGUCUCUCUCCUGACCCCAGACAGUUACAGGUAAACAUCGUCUCCUGCAGGUACCACUUUUUGGUACCCCAGAUGUUCUGAGGUAUUAGGAUUUGGGUUGUUUUUUCCUUUAGGUCUUUUUUUUCUUUCAAACAAAAGUUAAAGGUCAUUGUGAGUCCUGGUGGUGGGCUCUCCAUGGAUGAUGUAGCAUAUGGGAGAUAAUUUUUAUACUGCAUUUUUAUGGAUAUUUUAUAACGUGUGAUUCUGCCUGGUAAGAAGGCAGCAUGGGCUCCAGGGAAAGCUGCACCCCUCGGUGACCUUGCUCAUGCCCAGCAGCCUCCCUGACGGAGGCGGCGGGCACGGAGGCUGGCCAGGCGCCCUGUGCCUCCCUGAGGUGGGGUGGGGGCCAUCUAGAGUGUUUCUCCGUCUCUGGGUCUCAGAUUGUUUGUCUGCCACCUCUUGUUAAGGCUCUAGCCACAAGGGAGGGUGAGGGUAGAAGAAAGUUGAUUCCUGAAGAAAAAAGAAAAUGAAAAGUCAUUGUAAUGAGCUGUUUUUAUAUUUUUAAAAGUUGCUAUUUAAAGGUUG